AAACCAACUUCACAGAGCUCUGGAAUUAGGCUUCUACUAUUUCACACCACCAGGAGGCUGUAAAUCAGACAUAUACCGAGUUUAUUUUAUUUUUUUCUCCUCAGUGAUUUUCUCUGGGCGCAGAUUGGGGAUCAUAAGUUUGGGCAAAGUUCCAAAGGCCGUCAAACAUCAUCAGCAGCAGCUUCAGAGAUCUGCUCAGCUCAGACUAUUCAGACAGGAGAUCAAUCAGACCUGAGGAGAUGAGUGGCAAAAAGAUGGAGGACGAGGCGGUGGUGGACCGCGGGGCGUCCUUACUCAAGCACCUCUGUGAUGAAGAGGAGGUAGAGGGUCACCAUACCAUUUACAUUGGAGUCCGUGUGCCGAAGAGCUCCCGGCGUCGGAAGCGCCAUCGCCGGAGAACAAGCCACAAGGACAGAAAGGAGAGGUUGACAGCUAAUGCGUUUGACAAGUCGGACACGGGCAACAACGACGAGGCCAGCAACAGCAUCCUCAAACCUCUCAUCUCGCCGGCAGCUGAGAGGAUCCGUUACAUAUUAGAGGAUGAUGAUGGCCCGGCUCCCCCACAGCUCUUCACUGAGCUGGAUGAGCUGCUGUCGGUUGAUGGACAAGAGAUGGAGUGGAAGGAGACAGCCAGGUGGAUAAAGUUUGAGGAAAAAGUAGAAAAAGGGGGAGAGCGCUGGAGUAAACCCCAUGUGGCGACCCUGUCCUUACACAGCCUGUUUGAGCUGCGUACAUGCAUAGAGAAAGGCACAAUCAUGCUGGACAUGGAGGCUUCCACUCUGUCUCAGGUUGUUGAGAUGAUCACUGACAACCAGAUAGAGAUCGGCCAGCUGAAAGCAGACCUUAAGGACAAGGUGAUGUACACGUUGCUACGGAAACACCGCCACCAGACUAAGAAGUCCAACCUCCGCUCCCUGGCUGACAUUGGGAAAACGGUCUCCAGUGCAAGUAGGCUGUUUUCCAACCAGGACAACGAUAGUCCAACUACGCCCCACAAGAACCUGGCAUCCAGCAGCAUGAAUGACAUCUCUGACAAACCUGAGAGGGACCAGCUGAAAAACAAGUUCAUGAAGAAGUUGCCGAGAGACGCGGAGGCCUCCAACGUGCUGGUGGGAGAGGUGGAUUUUCUGGAUGCCCCCUUUGUGGCAUUUGUUCGUCUGCAGCAGGCGGUGAUGCUGGGAGCAUUGACUGAAGUCCCUGUUCCUACAAGGUUUUUGUUCAUCUUGCUUGGACCCAAAGGCAAAGCGAAGUCAUAUCAUGAGAUUGGCAGAGCAAUCGCUACACUGAUGUCCGAUGAGAUCUUUCAUGACAUUGCAUAUAAGGCGAAGGACAGACAAGACCUGCUGGCUGGUAUCGAUGAGUUCCUGGAUGAGGUGAUUGUACUUCCUCCAGGAGAGUGGGACCCGACCAUCAGGAUAGAGCCGCCCAAAUCUCUUCCCUCUUCAGAUAAAAGGAAAAACAUGUAUGCAGGAGGGGAUUCCCAGAUGAAUGGAGACGCGCCUCAUGAUGGAGGUCAUGGAGGAGGUGAACAUGCAAUGGGGGAGGAGCUUGAGAAGACUGGAAGGUUUUGUGGGGGCCUGAUACUUGACGUAAAGCGAAAAGCGCCUUUCUUUGUUAGUGACUUCACUGACGCGCUUCACAUCCAGGCCUUGUCGGCCAUUUUGUUUAUUUACUUGGGAACUGUGACAAAUGCCAUCACCUUUGGCGGGCUGCUGGGAGAUGCUACAGAAAACAUGCAGGGUGUACUGGAGAGUUUUCUGGGCACUGCCAUUGCUGGCGGUGUUUUCUGCUUGUUAGGGGGCCAGCCACUUAUUAUUUUGAGCAGCACCGGUCCGGUACUGGUGUUUGAAAGGCUGCUUUUCAACUUCAGCAGGGACCAUGAGUUGGACUACCUGGAGUUCCGCCUAUGGAUCGGCCUGUGGUCAGCGUUCUUCUGCCUGGUGCUCGUUGUCACAGAUGCCAGCUUCAUGGUGAAAUACUUCACCCGCUUCACAGAGGAGGGCUUCUCGUGUCUAAUCAGCUUCAUCUUUAUCUACGAUGCCUUCAAGAAGAUGAUUAAAUUAGCUCACCACUACCCCAUCAAUUCAGACUACAAUAUGGAAAACAUCACACAGUAUGAAUGUCUCUGCAUGUCACCUGUGGUCUCAGAAAACGAGACAGAGCUGCUUGACGAUCCUUUAGGGGAUGGAUCAACGUGGUACUUGAACAGCAAUGGCCCGGUACAAAACCGCUCAUGGUCAAGGCUAACAAAGUCAGAGUGCUUAAAGUACAAUGGAGAGCUGGUGGGAGAGGCCUGUAACUACGUCCCAGACAUCACCCUCAUGUCCUUUAUUCUCUUCUUUGGUACCUACACUACCUCCAUGUGUCUUAAGAAGUUCAAAACAAGUCAAUUUUUCCCCACCACUGUAAGGAAGCUCAUCAGUGACUUUUCCAUCGUCCUGGCCAUCCUUAUCUUCUGUGGGGUUGAUGUUUUCGUGGGAGUUGACACUCCUAAACUUAUUGUGCCAAGUGAAUUUAAGCCAACAAGCAAUCUCAGAGGCUGGUUUGUGCCUCCAUUUGGAGGAAACCCCUGGUGGGUUUAUCUGGCCUCUGCUCUUCCUGCCCUCCUCGUCACUAUUUUGAUCUUUAUGGACCAACAGAUCACUGCUGUGAUUGUGAACAGGAAGGAGCACAAGCUAAAGAAAGGGUCAGGAUACCAUCUGGAUCUGUUCUUGGUGGCUGUUCUGAUGGUGGUUUGCUCCUUCAUGGGCCUGCCGUGGUAUGUGGCCGCCACCGUCAUCUCCAUCGCCCACAUCGACAGUCUGAAGAUGGAAACUGAAACGUCAGCACCAGGAGAGCAGCCCAAGUUCCUGGGUGUGAGAGAGCAGAGGGUCACUGGAGUGCUUGUAUUCGUUCUAACAGGACUAAGUGUGUUCAUGGCUCCCAUAUUAAAGUUUAUCCCCAUGCCAGUCCUGUAUGGAGUCUUCUUGUACAUGGGAGUGGCUUCUCUUAACGGUGUUCAGUUUAUGGAUCGUCUGAAGCUGCUUCUGAUGCCAGCCAAGCAUCAGCCAGAUCUGGUUUACCUGAGACACGUUCCCCUCAGGAAAGUCCACGUAUUCACCUUCUUGCAGAUUCUCUGCUUAGCGAUGCUCUGGAUCCUGAAGUCCACUGUGGCAGCCAUCAUUUUUCCAGUGAUGAUUCUUGCUCUGGUGGCUGUCAGGAAAGCCAUGGACUACAUAUUCUCCCAGCAUGACCUUAGCUACCUGGAUGAUGUCAUCCCAGAGAAAGACAAGAAAAAGAAGGAGGAUGAGAAGAAAAAGAAGAACUGUGGCAGCCUGGACAGUGAUGCUGAGGAUUCUGACUAUCCUUACAAUGAGAGUGUUCCAAAUAUUAAAAUUCCCAUGGACAUCAUGGAGAAGGAGCCCUUUUUAGGUGAUAAGACCUCUGACAGAGAGAAGUCCCUGUCAUUCCUUGAUCGACACACAUCGUGCUGAGAAGCUUCGCUUCUACCAGGACAGCUACUUAUCCAGCCCUGAGACGACCCCGCUGAAGACAGUGCCUCAGAUUAGGAUAGAAAUGGACCCUGAAGAUGAAGACACCUAUUACUGGAGAGGUCGGGGCUCAGAGACGUGUCUCUAGAGGAUCAACCUAAUGCUUCCUGUCUUAUACCCACUUUAUAUGAAUCUUCACUUUUGUUUCCUACAUGAUUUGAAGACUGUUGUUUUAAAUCACUAGAACUGAAAAAGGGAUAUUUGAAAAAUAGGGACUUUAACCUCUUCCAUCUUCACCAUCAUGUUGGCAUCUUUCUCACAGGUCACAGUCUCACUGGUUGAUUACAUGUAACUUCUUACUACUGAUCUAUGCAACUCCUUCCACAUGCCCCUCCUCACAGUAACAUGUUGCAGCGCUCUCACUAAACAUGGAGUGCCAUCCCAUCUCUUUCACUUUUUCAUGUCAUCUCUUUAUAUAUAUAUAUAUAUACACAUUCAGAUUUAUUUUAUAUGUACCGGACUACUAUAAUACUUUCCUGUUGCAGGGAAAUUAUGUUUUUAUAGCUCUACCUCUUGACUUAGUUUCAGAUCAUAUGAACAACUGGAAUUUUUAUAAUUUUUCUCUCUGUCCUUUCAUAGAGUUGUAAUAAUUAAAAUGAAUCUGCUGUAUCAUAGGAAGUAGAGAUGUAAGAUAAUUAACUAUAAAUUAACAAAGCACAUUCAGGUGCAGGUGUGUAUUUUAUUUAACUGAUGCAGAACAGAUUGCUUCACUUUGUUUCUAAUCUUUUCAAAAUCUUUCACAAUGUUUUGAUUAUAUUUUGUUUUUAAUUUGAUAUCUUUAUUGAUUUUUAAAAAUGAUAAUGUUGUGUACAUGUAGUACAUAUUUACGUGUUUUUUUUAUUAUUAUAUGCAUAGAAGAUCAACAUAAUCAUCCAACCUUCCUCUGCCAAGCAUUAAUUCUAACUGGGAAUGCAUAUCAUAUAAAGAAAUGAUUGUGCUGCAUAAACUCUUUUACCUAAGUGGCCUAUAAGGGAUUGAUUUGGACUGAAAUAGUGAUGGAAAGAUUGAUGAUGUGGAAAAUAAUACUAUCACAGCCUAUUAUCGCAGCAGAACUAGGUGUAUUUUCUCAGCUGUCCUCUGAAUUAUGGGUGGUAAAUUAUUUUUCUGCAUUUGCAAAUAUUUUAGGUUAUCAAAAUACACUGAAAAAAUGCAUCAGAUUUCAUCUCUGUCUCAGACAUUUUGCUGCAUUUUGGUUCCUCUGUGGAUGUAAAGUUCAUUCAAAUCCAUAUUUUAAACCCCAGCACAGCUCUCUAGAUUUUUUAGAGGUGGAACUUGUUUUGAAGAGAAAUGUACAGACUUUUGAAAUGUACAAUGGUUAAAAAAACGAGAAAGUACGCCUCCAGGGUUUUAUAGAUCAGGACAAAAGAACUGGUAUUAUUGAAAAGGGGUAUCAAAUAUACAAAAACACACAACACAUACCUCCAUGUUUGUAAUUAAAAUACGAGAAAACUCAUAAAGCCAAAAUAAUAUUAUGUUAUUAUAUUUAAAAAUACUAAGUACGCCCCAUGCAUGAUUUUACACACAAAAAACUUUUCAGAGUUGUCGAGCUUCAGCUUGUGGAGUAUCGAUUUGGUCAACAAAAUGUUCAGAUCGUAUUGCUUUUUAAUAUGAGCCCAAAUCAUCCCCUCCCAAAAAAUGUUUUCCCAUAUGUCUCAAAAAUGAUGAGGCUCCAGACGUCUUGUUGGUCAUUUAAAUAUACCGGUAUCUUUGGAAAUCUAAGUCCCUCCAUUCUUUUAUUGUCUAGUACGUAGCAAGAAGAUGUAUUUCCAAGUUGUGUCUUAUUAUAUAUUUUUAGACAAAAUUUUUUUUUCUCUUGGCAGUUCUUCUAAAACAUGCAUAUGUGUUCUUCCCAUUUCUGAAAAACAAAUAUGUUAGAGUGAGUAAAUCUGCUGGGACAUGAUAGAGGCUUUGAUAGAGCUCUGAUGGUAAUCUGCUAUUCCAGUGGAUCUAAUUAAAGGAACCUUUACUUCAUAUAGUUUGGAUGCAGCAAAGGUGCAUUUUAUUUUGCCGAAGAAUCUUCUCCCUUUUAAAUGUGUCCAUUAGCACCUUUUGUGUUGAUAAAUAAAAACCAUGGAAUUGAAACCUUUUUCCGUAUGGCAGCAAACAGAUCUGAGCAUUAGAAAUAAUUUAAAUACUCGUCUUUGUUUUUUAGCCAUUGUGUAUAAUUGCCAUAUCUGUGCUAAAAAGUUCCCAAAGUUAAAGAAUAAUGUUGUUUGGAUCAAAGUAUUUAAGGAGAAAUAUGCUAUUAAUGGUGCAUUUCCCAUCGACAUGGCUUUACUUUGUGGCAAAAAA